GCAGUAUUCGCUGGCACCCUGCCAUGAGACUAAUGUCCUCUACUGCAGUCUAGUGAAUCACUCUCAUCUUCAGAGAGCACUCCCGAAUGCUGUUCAGGAUGAUCAGUAAGGUCGUGGGUCAACACAAAACCUUUAUUCUAAUCUAGCAUGGUUCUAUAUGCAUUGUGCAGACUGUCUGGACUCACCACCGAUUGGACCAGGAUACGACAUCCGGAUUUUGGCUCUUACUACUUUCACAAGGAAAUGGGAGUUUGCAGCAAUAUGAAUCCUGAAAUGAGCGCCCUACAUGGCGUCAUCACUCAGCUACUCCGCGAUUUGAAGGAAAGGGCUCCUCCUGAUGCCGACUCCGAGAUGACUGUCGUUCUGGAUUUAUUCUUCUCUUCCGUCGGUGCAGACCAGAGACCCACCUUUGGGUAUUAUUUUGCUUCUCAUACUCACAAGCGAGUCUUUUGGCUGGAAGAUUUUAGCCUCGCUUGCUUGUCAGAAGAAUGUGACGGAUCUAUGGAAUCGUCUUCUAGAUGCGCUGAAGCACAAUACUGGAAGCAUUGCGAGCUCUUUCCGAAUACACUUGACGUCACAGAGGUUGUCAUCCGUGAACUCAAGAGCAUUUUAGUUCAAGCAUCUGCAGAUCGCGUGACUUCGAAAUUCUCGACAUCGCCCUAUACCGCAGAAAAUAUUUCAACCAUGUUAGAACUUGUGAAUAAUAUCGAGCCUCAGCGCAAGGGCGAGAAUGGGCCCUCAGCUUGGACAAUAGCGAAAUUCAUGGUGCUAUAUCACACCGGCAUGUUACGAAGUUCAUAUGGUCAAAAUGACGACUAUUUCGACAUCGAGUAUUCUGAGCCAAAUUCGGAACCUUACCGACGCUCGAUCCUGAUGGCACUUUUGUCUCCAUUAAUGCUCAAGUCUGCGGAAGUCUACGCAGAAGAAUUACACAGCUUGCGAGACAAUUUCUCACUCGAGCGGUGGAGAAAGUUUGUGAAUAAGGUGGAUAUUAGUAUCCGUGAUUCCAAUCUACUGGCAACCGUCCUGCUUAGCACGAACAUCGGCUUUUUGGCAAUUGGAAGUGUGGACUCAAGCAGUGCAGAUAGUUCAAGAUCAGGGGAACAGAUUGUCGUAUAUUGCUCCGUCAUCUGCAGCAUCGGAAGUAUCAUAAUCGGUCUUAUUAUUUUCAAACAAUACCGUGCAAAGGGUGCUGAUACUCCUGCGAGAGCGAUCACAAUUUUGAAGCGGAUCUUCCGCGAACGAUAUGGUCUCGAGAGGAUUGCCGUUAUCUGCAGCCUGCCGUACAUCUUGCUGAUGUGGAGCCUGAUUCUAUUUUCGAUUGCAUUUUGCGAGACUACUUUCAGCAGGACAGAUGUCGAGACUCGCACGCCUGUUGCAGUUGCGAUCUCCAUGAUUUCGUUAUUUGUGUUUGGGUCUUUGUAUACUGCUGGACCACGAGAUAAGGAGAAAGUCGCGGACCCAACCAGGGUCUCGAGCUGGAGAAUGAUAGGUCGGCAGAUGACAGGGUUCAUUCCGGCUGUGUGCAAGCAAUUACAGAAGCCAGACGAUCCAGUACGGGGUGUGGACAUUCAGGGUGAUGGGGAUAUGGAGACAGGUCUCAAGACGUGUUGAUUCUGCGUCUUCCCGACUUGAAGUUGGACGAUCAGACUUCGCUUUGAAAGCCUAGAUGUCGCUCAAUGAACACGGUCAAACAGUUUCUUUGUAGACAAGAUAUUCCACAGUUAUUCAUC